AUGGGGGAGGGAAUAAUCACUGAACCUGAGGACAAUAUCGCCGUGGACCCCAAUACCUAUGUUACAACGGUCUACGGCGAUGACUGGGCUUCGGAAACUACCUCGAUUGGCUCCUCGAUUUACCGGGGUCUGGAGGAGAAUGGCCGGCGGUAUCAAACAUUGAGUCGGAAAGAGUCUCUAGUUCCGUCGGACGAGAAGCAGUUCGAGACAUACGAAGCCGGACAUCUGGUCGCCCUCGUGAUGGAAUCAGAUCAAGACAAUCCACUCUUUCGAGCGCCAAUUGGCGAUAAUCCCAAAAAUAUCCUCGACCUGGGCACAGGAAAGGGGAAUUGGGCCAUCGAUGUGGCCGACAUGUUCCCAACCACCACCGUCCGCGGCGUCGAUCUCUUCCCCCCACCAGUAACAUGGAUGCCACCCAACUGCAUCCUCGAAGUCGACGACAUCGCCGAAGAAUGGACCUGGAAUGAACCACAAGACCUAAUCCACAUCCGCAUCCUCACCGGCGCAUUCGACGAAGCAGAAUGGGCCCGACUCUACAACCAAUGCUACGACAAUCUCCGCCCCGGAGGCUGGAUCGAACACCUCGAAGCAAGUCCAUUCAUCGAAUGCGACGACGACAGCCUCCCAGCCGACAGCCUCCUCCGCACAUGGGGACCCACGCUAACAGCCUGCGGAAGCCGCGCAGGCCGGCCGCUAGAAAUCAUGGACACGAUCCAAGAUGCAUUCCACAAGGCCGGGUUUGUCGACGUGCACCAGAAGGAGUAUAAAUGGCCGAUUGGGCCGUGGGCCCGGGAUCAGAAAUUCAAGGAGGCCGGCACGGUCAAUUUCCACCAUUGGAUGUCUGGCAUGGAGGGCUGGGCUAUGUGGUUGCUUUGUAAAUUCGGGGCUCCGCAGCCGUGGACCCAGGACGAGGUUAUUGUCUAUGUGGCGAAGAUGAGGGCCGAGAUGAAGAAUCCUCGUUAUCAUAUCUAUGAGCGCGCGCGAAGGGUUUGGGCGCGCAAGCCUUUCCCCGGUGAGGUCUCUCGUUCUCAUGCGGGUAGGGAUAUUGUUAUCAAGAUUGAGGAAUGA